CUAUAGCUCUGAUAUUUUCCAGUCCGGCUCAGCGUCGUAGGGGCACGUAUGUUCUCGUUCUUCACCAGCUUUGGUGUUGCUCUUGUACGACCGCUGUCGCAGAUUCCUAACUGACGCGAUUUGAAUGUGGUGACUGGCUGAGCACGAGCAUUGUCGCGAGCUGUCGGCGAUGGAAAUUAUUUUUUCCCUGCGUUAAAUUUCUCUUGUAGAGUUUAGGUUCUUUAUAUUUCCAAUAAAAUCCAGUUCUGAAAAAAAGAAUGCGUGUGACCUGUGACCUUUGGCAUCCUGGCUUCCUCUGUCUUCCCUGCUCGUUGUGUUGAAAUAGCGAAGUGACCGCGGUCGGGAGCGUCGAUUCAAAGUCCAAAUAAGCACAUUAAGAAUGAUGAGUGCCGGAAUAGAAAUACCAGAGGGAAAGAGAUUGAACCAAUAUGGCGACCUAGAAAACUUUGACUUGACUGCAGAAGACUGGAUGAUACGAUGGGAAAAGAGGCACAUUGGUUUUCAUAAGGAUGAAAUUCAUGAAUUGCUGCAGAAAUACCUGGACAUCAUUCUAAAUGGGAGGAAACAAAUCCGUAUUUUUGUUCCCCUCUGUGGAAAGUCACGAGAUAUGAAAUGGCUUGCUGACCAAGGACACGUUGUUGUUGGUGUGGAAGUAUCUGAAAUAGCAGUAAAAGAAUUCUUUGCAGAACAGAAUUUGUCCUACACACAGAAGUCUGUAGAAGGAAUUGCAGGUGCAGAAGUGUUUCAGAGUACUGAUGGAAAGCUAUUUUUAUAUAACUGUAAUAUGUUUGAUUUCACAAGUGCAAUUGCUGGAAAGUUUGACGGGAUCUGGGACAGAGGUUCUCUGGUAGCAAUGAACCCAUCUGAUAGACAAGAUUAUGCCAAGCUAAUGAAUACACUUAUGGACAAAGGAUGCCAAUAUCUCCUGGAUGCUUUUACAUACGAUGAAGAAAAAUUUUCUGGUCCACCAUUUUCUACUCCCCAGCAUGUAAUUGUUGACCUCUAUGGCCAGUCAUGCAACAUUCAGCUGUUACAAUCAUCAGAUGCUUUGACUGACAGACAGAGAACGUGGGGUCUGGAUUCCUUCAUGGAACAAGUCUACUUAAUUACUCUGAAGACCAAUACGGAUUUCUGUGCCUAAACAAAUUAAUAGAUGCUGCAUUGACUUUAUGAAAAUUUUGAAAACUAGAAAUGUGAAUCUGAUUAGGAAAAGUUAAAACAUUGGGUUUGGGAUUGAGCUGGAAACUGGGCGCUUUUAGUUCUCCUGACGGCAGAUUGUGUGCUGUAUGUUCUCUUGAUUCCAACAUGCACAAAUUUUUACAACAAAACGAAAUAGUUUCUUGCAUUAUUGCAGUUAUACUGUAAAUGUAGUUCCAGGGUAUUCUGUAAAAUGACUUCCUCUUCUCAGUUGCUUUCACACCCCUUUCAGUAUCCCUCCCCUUAAAACCUACAUUCAACUUCUUUUUACUCGCAACAAGUUACUGAUAGUAUUGCCUCCCAAAUCCAAGUCCAUCCUGCCACUCAAGUUCCUGCUUCUGCAUUCUGCACCAAACAGCCCAAAUCAACAACAAAUGGCAUCAGUUGUGGCAAAAACCAUGGUAUAUUAUCCCUCUUUAUGUUACAUUCAAGAAGCAAAGAAUUUGGUGCAGAGGCUUGUGAUCCAUAUAAGAUUACAUCAUGCUAGUUACUUAAUCUCAUAAAAUCAUAGAAUGCUUGCAAUUCAGAUUGUCGGUGUUUAGCUCAUUGUGUCUUUGCCAGCUCUCUGAAAGAGCAAUUCCCUUUCUGCCGUUCCCCAGCUGCCUUCUGUUAAGACAGUGAUCUAAUUCCUUCUUGGGAGCCACAUUCAAAUCUACACUCUUUCCUUUCACCCCAUCAACAUAGCAGCCUGUUUGUUUCACCACAUUUCUAUUUCCCUUUGCCCACUUUUGUCUUUUAUCUUUCUGUAGCUUUUGACAUGAUUCACCACACCAUAUUCAUCCAAGAACUUUACGGUGUACUACAUACUUAGUGUGGUUUGGUUGCAUUUUUACUUCCCCAAUCCUUGCUACAACAAUCUAACAUUGGUUUCUCUUCAUUUCAAAUUAUUUCACAUGUCACAAGAAUCUAUUUAUUUGCCUUGCACAUGUAGAAAGCAAUUAGGUCUGUUUCUCCAAAAUAACUGAUGCAUUCAGUAUCUCUUGUCAUGUUGAGAGAGACCUAUAGAAUUGUCCCAGUUGUGUAAUAUGAAAAUCCAAACAAAUCAGGAGUAGAAGUAGGUCAUUCUUGGGGAUAUAGACCCAACGCGGGCAGUUGGAACUAGCUGAGUCGGCACAUGGUCAGCGUGGACUACUGUGGGCUGAACGGCCUUUUUCCAUGCUAUAUUAAUCUAUGACUCUAUGCAUCUACUCUACCAUUCAAUAAAAUCAUGACUGAUCUUAUUGCUGUCAACUAUAAUCGAAUUGAUUCUGUACUUGGUCCAAGCACAUGCCCUCUUUUCCAAGAGUACAGUAUCUUUCCUAGUCAGUACUGCCAUCUCAUCUACUCUCUUUGAACACUCAUUUUUCAUCCACAUCUCUGUUGCUACCAUAUUACAUUUCCACACAGCUGCUGUAAGUCACAAUUUGCACAAUCAUAUGUAUAGAAAUCAUGAAAAAACUGAAGAUAAUGGCUUUAGGGAAAAUGCAGUGAGGAUUAAUGAAAGACUGAGGAGGCACCGCAGAGGACGUGCAAGUUUAUUAAUGUGGGAGGUUGAUGGGGAAACAAGUGUGAGUGAGGUAGGUUAUUGCAUGUAAUCGUGUUGGUGGCAGAAUGUGAGCCUUGGUGGAAAGUGGAUGUAGUAGCAGAAAGAAAGCUGGAGGAAGCAGAGAGAAGAGUAGCACACUACCCUGCUAGAGUUGGAGAGACAAUUGACCUUCUUUCCAAGACUACAGGCUGUUCCUCCACACUAACUCAGAGCUGAUUGGCAGUGUCUACUGGUGCACCUCUGCCCGUCUUCCAGGAAGAGAACACAUUGAAUUUGUAUGAACCUGUCCAUUAGGUGCUCCGGAUCCCUGUCGGAGAAACACGGUGCUUUGGGCCCCAAAUUUGCCAGAUUCUGAUUCUGUCCAUCAAUGAGAAUGGCACCUUUGGAAUACCAGUAUUUGUCUGGGGUUGGAUAUCUGCUGAGUGCCAAGUUGCUGUUAGGAAUAUUGAAUAACUUGGAACAGAAAUCAGACGUGAUGCACACAGUGGAGCAGGAUGGGUAGUUAAUGCAGCUUGUUUGUUGAGAUAGAGCAAUAAAACUCAAAUCUCAGUGGUAAACGUGUCAAAACUCUUGACACAACUUAGACUUAGCCAAAAUCAACAUAAGAUUCAGCUCUAUCUUUCUUACUAAGAUUCAUCAAGAUUUGCAUUGUAUAAUAAUUUGCUAGAAAUAUUAAGAAGCUUCUACUAAUAUGACUUGCUAAAUCAAUAAAAGUUUGCUGUCAUUACUGAGCCCAUCAUUGUGUUCAAAUGGCGAUUGACAUUUUCCUGGAUUAUGCAAAUGUUCAUCAGAAACAGUGAUGUACGGCAAUCUCAGUUGUUGCAACUAAUUUGCCUGUCGGUCGAGUCUCAAUCUGAAUAAUGGUACAAGUAGUUCUGCUGUAACAUAUUUUGUUAACACAAAUUGGCUGUAACGCAAUUGAUGAACAGUGGGCGCUGUUUGGAUAACAUGAACCUUCUGCUGUUAGCGAGUUUUGAGAAGAUUUGUAGCUCAGGUUGAGGUUCUGGAUGUGAGUUUGCUUGCUGAGCUGGAAAGUUCGUUUUCAGAUGUUUCGUCAC